UUUCUGGCUUAAUUUAAUUUAUAAUAGAUGAGUGUCUCCAUGAGAAAUUUCUUUGCAAUGAAAGCUAGGUUACAAAAGUAUCCCUUGGGUAAAAGGUUUACAGAUGCUUGAGUAUUGCAUAAACGGAGACUCUAUGUCUUUGGAGCCUUCUCAACUUUAUAUACAGGGGCUUUGGUGAAAUAUAGAAACCAUGAGAGCAAAGUUAUUAGGAUUGCACUCGCCGGUUCACUUUCAUCAAUGAUCUGUGAAGUCUUGUUUCAUUUAGCAGACACAGUUAAUAUUCGGGCCAAACUUUACAAUGAAAAAUGAAGCUCUAUUAAAGUAUACAAGAGCAUAAUGCAGAAUGAGGGCAUAAAUGGACUCUGUAAAGGCAUCUCAGCAACCUUUUAUGGUUCUAUUAUUGCUGGGCUGAUGUACUUCGCUCUUUAUAAGCAAUUUAAAGAGUGGUUAUUCAAAUUGGGGGAUGGACAGCUGAGCCCAUGAUUUGUUUUCCUUAUCUCCGCAUUUUCCGCUCAAUCCCUGACCCUGCUCUUCUAUUAUCCUUAUAAUCUAUUCAAGUGUCGCCUACAGACAAGUAAUGAAACUUACCGGUACAGGAAUUUAGUUCAUGCUUUUGAAAAAGAAAUUACUGAAAAUGGGAUCAAAUCUCUCUACAAAGGUUGUUCUCCUUUUUUGGUAAUGUUUUCAACAACUAUUGCUAUCCAAUUCGCUGUUUAUGAGAGCUACCUUCGUUAUGUGAGCAGAUGGUAUUCUGGGAAUUAUCAGAAACAUGAGCUAGCUCAUAUAAUUAACGCUUCAUUUAUUGCCGGAGCCAUCGGACAUGCAGUAACCAAUGGCCUUGAAGUCAUUACAGUGACAAAGCAAUGAGUUCCAGAAACAAGCAUUAAGAGUAUUAUUCAUAAGGAAAGGUUUGGACUCCUCACGAAAGGAAUAGGAGCCCGUGUGUGGUAUCAAUCUACCCAGUCCAUAGUUUUCUUCUCAGCUGUAGCUUACAUUGGAAAAUUGUAUAACGUAAGCAUUGAAGAAUAACCUCACCAAUGAUUGGUGUGUAUCCAGAAUUGUUCGAUUUAAUCUA